AUGGCCAGCGUUUGGCUGUGCCCGCAGGUGGAUGGGCCUCUUGUCCUCGGCGGGGACCUGGAGCCCCUUCUGGGGACCGACAGCCGGGAGCUGUCACCAGAAGAUGAGAGCCAUGAAGAGGAAACAGUUCGGGUUCCCACUCGCAGUCCGCUUCCCAGCCCUGCUGUGGCCACCUCCAGUGCUGGCCGCCAGCUGAUCGUGCUGGAAGGGAAGCUGGGGCCCUACUUCUCCUCUCUGGACUCGAGCAUCGAAAGCCUGAGGAAGAGGGCCCAGGAUCUGAUCGAAAACAUCAACGAGAGCAGACAGAAGGACCACAGCCUCAUGAGCAACUUCAGGGAUAACCUCAAGACCAAGAUUUCAGAAAUGACUGAGAAGCUAGAGGAGAAAUUGUACCAGGUUUAUAAUCACCACAACAAGAUCAUUCAGGAGAAACUCCAAGAGUUCACGCAGAAAAUGGCAAAGAUCAGCAGUUUGGAAAUGGAGCUCAAACAAGUGUGCCACUCCAUGGAGAAUGUGUACAAAGACCUGUGUGUCCAGCCCGAGGUACGACAGCUGUGCAGGGGACAAGGGCGCCCUGGCCAGGCUGAAAGGCAGUGA